AUGGAGGUGGUAAUUGGGUUUCCUUCCUCCACGUCAGACCUGCAGCAGUGGGUUUCAGCCACUGGAAAAGAGGGGUGGAAACUGUCCCAGGUUUUACACCUCUGUGGGAAAAGUUCCAAAACCGAACACCCCAAACCGUGUGAAGUCGGUGCCCUGCUGCCGGUACCUCCGGGCACGGCGGGCCGGGGGGGGGUCCCUGGCAAUGGGCAGCAGCACCACCCCAAGCCCCUCAGGGUGCAGAUCACCCACCGGCUCGCCUUGAGGUUCACAUGGAGCAGCCUUUAUCCCGCACUCAGCCCGUGCCUGACCUCGGGGGUCGCGCUGGGGCCGUCCCGGCGGGGCGGUGCGCGGGGCCGCGGUGGCCGGGGCGGGCGGGGGGCGGGCGGUGCGCGGCGGGGUGCGGUUGGAGGCAGCCGCGGGCACACGUGGCUCAGACCCCCAAAGGCGCUUCCCCGCGGCGGAGCGGGCAGUCCGUACCUCGGCCCCUGCAGAAGCUGCCGCCUGUCCGCUCCGUCCAGCCGUUCGUGGGUGCCGGAGCGCAGGGCCGGGUUGGCUGUGAAGCGCGGCUCCCGCCCCCUGCGGAGUCAGCCCCAGGUCCGGGCGGCCCUACCUGCAGGCACGAUUGAACCUUACAGCCGAGAGCACCGGCAUCCCGUGAGCGACGGGAACAGCAUCCCGCUUUUGGGGCUUGGGCACCUACGCCGACCCCAGAAAACCCCCAAGGGUUCCUGUCUGGAGGCAGUGAAGAUUGCCAUUGAUGCUGGCUACCGCCACAUCGACGGUGCCUUUGUCUACUUCAAUGAGCAUGAAGUGGGACAAGCCAUCCGGGAGAAGAUUGCUGAAGGAAAGAUCAAGCGAGAAGACAUUUUUUACUGUGGCAAGCUGUGGAAUACCUGCCACCCACCAGAGCUGGUGCGUCCCACACUGGAGAAGACACUGAAGAUCCUGCAGCUGGACUACGUCGACCUCUACAUUAUUGAGCUGCCAAUGGCUUUCAAGCCUGGAGAUGCACUCUACCCAAGAGAUGAAAAUGGAAAAUUUAUCUACCAUGAGACAGACUUAUGUGCCACUUGGGAGGCUAUGGAGGCAUGUAAGGAUGCAGGCUUGGCAAAGUCUAUUGGAGUAUCCAAUUUCAACCGCAGGCAACUGGAGAUGAUCAUGAACAAGCCAGGACUUAAGUACAAACCUGUCAGCAACCAGGUCGAAUGCCACCCCUACUUCACCCAACCCAAACUCUCAGAAUUUUGCAGACAACAUGACAUUGUUAUUGUUGGGUACAGCCCACUGGGAACCUCAAGGGAUGAAUCAUGGGUAAAUGUGUCCUCCCCUCCUUUACUGAAGGAUCCUGUGCUGAAUGCCAUUGGCAAAAAGUACAACAAGACUGCUGCACAGGUUGCUUUGCGUUUCAACGUCCAGCGAGGGGUGGUGGUCAUCCCAAAAAGUUUCAAUCCACAACGCAUCAGAGAGAAUUUCCAGAUCUUUGACUUCUCCCUCACUGAGAAAGAGAUGAAAGAAAUUGAAGCCCUGAACAAAAACGUUCGUUACGUGGAACUGUUAAUGUGGCGUGACCAUCCAGAGUAUCCCUUCAGCGAUGAAUACUGAAAACAAGGUGGGUCUGGACAGUCAAUGCUGUUAGGCUUCGCUGAGAAAGCUUCAACUUUUGGUGCUUUGACUUCAUGUGAGACUAUUCAAACGAGCAUUAAAUACAUGACAUUUACUACUU